UCUCAUUCAUAGCAAUGGAGCCAUACAACAGCAAGAAACCUGUUUGGUAAAUGGUCUGAAAGAAGAGACUUGAACGGACAGAAUGAAGAAGAUGAGUAUGAGGGCAGAGAUGGGGGUUAAUGAAUGGUUGAUGAUAGCCAUGAGUUCUUGGCCUGGACUGAAUUCGAAUGUUUGAUCCCAUGAGCAUCCAACGUCGGCAACAAAGGUAGUGACUGACCCUUACCUCCACAGUUUCAUCAAUGGUGGCAAUGAAUCCUUUUCCUGUUUUUUGUUGUUGUAACAUAUUAGGAUCCUUAGUUAGCGUAGAGGUUCUGUGAGAAAAUAGGCUGUUAUUCGCAUGCCAUUAACUGUAAAUGCACUAUGUGCUCUCCUUUCUGCUGAUUCUUAGAUUAAAAUGUCAGGCAGGAAAUUUACCUGUACAGUUAAGUGUAGAAAAUCUAGGCCAGAUGGUUUGGAUGAAGUUAUUGAGUUCCACACUUGUCUUGAUAAUUUGCAGUGUCACCAUAGAUGACUUAAUGUUUUUCUGUUCUGCACAUAGACAACACUGAUUUUCCAUGAUGUUGCAAAUCCUUCUGUGGAGAUUGUCUACAGUUGGUGCGGCAUUAUGAAGUACCAAGUUAAUGACAUGCGAAAAAGACUAUAACCCAAAAUUAAAAUAUACCAAGUUAAUCGACAAGAAAUGACAAGUCCUUUCCUCAAUAGAUGACUUACUGAAACAAAAGUCUUUACCAUCAUUAAUUUAUGAUGAGGACCAAGUUUUCAACAUGGUGGACCAAAUUAAACAACCCCCAGAGACGUCUGCAACCACACAACCGCAAAAUGAUAGAUGACUCACAACUCCAAGUUUCAACUUGGUGUACUCAUCAUUCCAUAUUCUUGGUCUUCUGGUUUUGGAAAGAUCAAACAGUGCUGUGUUUCUGUCAGCUUUGUUACUCUGGAGAAAUGAAAAUUCAAAGGAAUCAUAACCCAUGUUUUUCUCUUCUGUGUUUUCUCUUCUUCUUAUUAUUCAGCACCCAUGUUACAGUUUUUGCAGCUGAUAGAAUCACUUUAGGUGAAUCUCUGACUGGAAAUCAAACAAUCAUAUCAAGAGAUGGAAACUUUGAGCUGGGUUUCUUCAAACCAGGUAAGUCUAAGAAUCAUUACAUUGGCAUAUGGUACAGAAAACUCACAGGUCAGAGUCAGACUGUUGUUUGGGUUGCUAACAGAGAUACACCUGUGCUUGAUCCCUCUAAUUCAAAGUUAACACUUUUGGGAAAUGGGAAUUUCGUCAUUACUAAUCGAACUGAGAAAUCACCACCAAUUUGGUCUACUAAUUCUCUGAAUGCAACUGAAGCAGUUCUUGGUGAUGAUGCAAAUCUUGUUUUAAGAGAUGGGUCUAAUCCAUCUCUUGUCAUCUGGCAGAGUUUUGAUUAUCCAACUGAUACUUACUUACCUGGUGGAAGAAUUGGGUUCAACAAAUUUACCAAUAAAACCUGGUUACUUACUUCAUGGAGAAAUCAAGAAGAUCCAGCUCCAGGAAUUUUCACACUAGAAUUAAACCCAACUGGAACAAGACAAUAUUUUAUAAGAUGGAAUAAAUCAGUACAAGUUUGGACAACUGGGGAAUGGAAUGAAAUCAAUGAAUCAUAUCCUUGGAUUCCUACGAACAUGACUGGAAAUUACAUUGUCAAUGAAAGUUUCAUUUCAAAUGUAAAUGAGAGUUACUUAACUUAUACUCUUUUUAAUAGUUCGGUUCUUACGCGAAUAGUGAUGGAUGUUUCUGGCCAACUCAAGCAAUAUACAUGGACAAACAUGAUGAAGAAGGCGAGUUUGUUUUUGUCUGUACCAGAACAAUUCUGUGAUGUUUAUGGUGUAUGUGGACCUUUUGGCAACUGUAACCAGGAUAUAAUGAAGUGCGAGUGCUUACCGGGUUUUGUCGAACGAUCUCCUUUAGACUGGAAUCUCCAGGGUACAACUGGUGGGUGUGUAAGAAAUAUUUCUUUGCAGUGUGGGAAGAAAGACGGGUUUUCGCCAAUGUCAGCCUCGAAUUUGCCAGAUAAUCCCGUUAGUCCACAAGUCAAUAGCGCCGAAGAAUGCAAAGCGGCUUGUGAAAGUACAUGCUCUUGCAAUGCUUAUGCUUACCGAGACUCUAAGUGUCAAUUAUGGGAUGGAGAUAUGUUGAAUGUCAAACAACAAUCAGAUGGUAAAGCAGGAAAUCUCUAUCUCAAAUAUUCAGCUCCAGAAAUCCCCGCACCCAUAGCUCAAGUCAGAAAGAGUAAGGCAACAAUUUGGAAGAUCAUCAUACCUGUUUCCAUUUUGGUGGCAUCUCUCAUGGGAGUGUUAGGAUACAUUUAUCUGUUCAAGAGGAAUAAGUCUAGUGAAAAAGGGAAAUUGAAACGACUCCAAAAGGUGUUGCCUGAUUUCUUGAAAACCAAGGAUAUCUACAACGACGUCACUCUAGAUACAAACUUGUUUAACAAUAGUAAAACGGAAGAAGAAACGCGGGAGUUGCAGAUAUUUGACCCUGCUUGUUUAGCUAUUGCUACAGAUAACUUCUGCUUGGCAAAUAAGUUGGGAGAAGGGGGGUUUGGGCCAGUUCACAAGGGUAAGUUGCAAAACGGUCAGGAAAUAGCAGUGAAAAGAUUGUCACAAAGUUCUGGACAGGGUAUUGAAGAGUUCAAGAAUGAGAUUACAUUGAUCUCCAAACUUCAACACCGUAACCUUGUGAAACUGUUGGGAUGUUGCAUUGAAGGAGACGCGAAGAUGUUAAUAUAUGAGUACAUGCCCAACAAAAGCUUGGAUGCAUUUCUGUUUGAUCCCAGGGAAAAAGCACGGCUAGAUUGGGAUACACGCUUCAAUGUUAUUGGAGGGAUUGCUCGAGGGCUUCUUUACUUACAUCGCGAUUCUCGGUUAAGAGUUAUACAUAGAGAUCUCAAAGUCAGUAAUAUUCUGUUAGAUGAAGACAUGAAUCCAAAAAUUUCAGAUUUUGGCAUGGCACGAAUUUUUGGCGGGAAACAGACAAUAGCAAAUACCACCAGGGUUGUUGGCACAUUUGGCUAUAUGUCUCCAGAAUAUGUAACAAAAGGGAUAUUUUCGGAGAAAUCAGAUGUCUUUAGUUUUGGGGUCUUGAUGCUGGAGAUCCUGAGCAGUCAGAGGAAUAACAGCUUCUAUGAUCCCAAAGGGCCCCUAAACCUUUUACUCCAUGCUUGGAGUCUUUGGAAUGAAGGCAGAUGGUCAGAGAUUGUCGACGAGGCUUUAGGUGAUGCAUAUCGUCCAUCAGAAGUGAUGAAAUGCUUUCAUAUAGCGUUGUUAUGUGUUCAGAAUAGAGCAGUAGAUAGACCUAGCAUGGCGGAAGUGGAUCUCAUGCUUGGCAGCGAAACUGAUCGUCCAUCUCCCAAAGAACCUCCAUUUACUACUCACCCAACAUCCUCAGUACUGAUCUCAAACAACAAUGUCAGCUUUACCAAGGUUGAAGCUCCAAGUUUCAACUUGGUGGACUUAAUAUCAUUCCAUAUUCUUGGUCAGCUUUGUCACUCUGGAGAAAUGAUAAUCCAAAGGAAUCAUAAUUUUCUUCUGUGUUUCCUCUUUUUAUUAUCAUUCAGAACCCAUGUUACAGUUUUUGCAGCUGAUAGAAUCACUUUAGGUGAAUCUCUGAUUGGAAAUCAAACAAUCAUAUCAAGAGAUGGAAACUUUGAGCUGGGUUUCUUCAAACCAGGUAAGUCUCAGAAUCAUUACAUUGGUAUAUGGUACAGAAAACUCACAGGUCAGAGUCAGACUGUUGUUUGGGUUGCUAAUAGAGACAAACCUGUGCUUGAUCCAUCUACUUCGAAGUUAACACUUUCCGGAAAUGGGAAUUUGGUCAUAACUAAUCAAACUGAGAAAUCACCACCAAUUUGGUCUACUAAUUCUCUGAAUGCAACUGAGGCAGUUCUUGGUGAUGACGGAAAUCUUGUUUUAAGAGAUGGGUCCAAUCCAUCUGUUGUCAUCUGGCAGAGUUUUGAUUAUCCAACUGAUACUUGCUUACCUGGUGGAAAAAUUGGGUUCAACAAAUUAACAAAGAAAACCUGGUUACUUACUUCAUGGCGAAAUCGAGAAGAUCCAGCUCCAGGAAUGUUCACACUAGAAUUAGACCCAAAUGGAACUAGACAAAUUCUUAUAAGAUGGAAUAAGUCGGUACAAGUUUGGACAACUGGGGAAUGGAAUGAAUCGUAUCCUUCAGUUCCUAUGAAAAUGACUGGAAAUCACAUUGUCAAUGAAAGUUUCAUUUCAAAUGUAAAUGAGAGUUACUUAACUUAUACUCUUUUUAAUAGUUUGACUCGUACGAGGAUGGUGAUGGGUGUUUCUGGCCAAGUGAAGCAAUAUACAUGGACAGAUACAAUGAAAAAGGAUAAUUUGUUUUGGUCUCUACCAGAACAAUUGUGUGAUGUGUAUGGUAUUUGUGGAGCUUUUGGCACCUGUAACCAGGACACAAUGAAGUGCGGGUGCUUACCUGGUUUUGUCGAACGAUCUCCUUUAGACUGGAAUCUCCAGGGUACAACUGGUGGGUGUGUUAGGAAUGUUUCUUUGCAGUGUGGGAAGAAAGACGGGUUUUCGCCAAUGUCAGCCUCGAAUUUGCCAGAUAAUCCCGUUAGUCCACAAGUCAAUAGCGCCGAAGAAUGCAAAGCGGCUUGUGAAAGUAAAUGCUCUUGCAAUGCUUAUGCUUACCGAGACUCUAAGUGUCAAUUAUGGGAUGGAGAUAUGUUGAAUGUCAAACAACAAUCAGAUGGUAAAGCAGGAAAUCUCUAUCUCAAAUAUUCAGCUCCAGAAAUCCCCGCACCCAUAGCUCAAGUCAGAAGCAGUAAGGCAACAAUUUGGAAGAUCAUCAUACCUGUUUCCAUUUUGGUGGCAACUCUCCUGGGCGUGUUAGGAUACAUUUAUCUGUUCAAGAGGAAUAAGUCUAGCAAAAAUGGGAAAUUGAAACGACUCCAAGGAGUGUUGCCUGAUUUCUUGAAAGCCAAGGCUGUCUACAACAACGUCAUUCUGGAUACAAACUUGUUUAGCAAUGGUAAAACGGAAGAAGAAACGCGGGAAUUGCAGAUAUUUGACCCUGCUUGUUUAUCCGUUGCAACAAAUAACUUCAGCUUGGCAAAUAAACUGGGAGAAGGGGGGUUUGGGCCAGUUCACAAGGGUAAGUUGCAAAACGGACAGGAAAUAGCAGUGAAAAGAUUGUCACAAAGCUCUGGACAGGGUAUUGAAGAGUUCAAGAAUGAGAUUACAUUGAUCUCCAAACUUCAACACCGUAACCUUGUGAAACUGUUGGGAUGUUGCAUUGAAGGAGACGCGAAGAUGUUAAUAUAUGAGUACAUGCCCAACAAAAGCCUGGAUGCAUUUCUAUUUGAUCCCAGGGAAAAAGCACGGCUAGAUUGGGAUACACGCUUCAAUAUUAUCGGAGGGAUUGCUCGGGGGCUUCUUUACCUGCAUCGUGAUUCUCGACUAAGGGUCAUACAUAGAGAUCUCAAAGUCAGUAAUAUUCUGUUAGAUGAAGACAUGAACCCGAAAAUUUCAGAUUUUGGCAUGGCACGAAUUUUCGGAGGGAAACAGACUAUAGCAAAUACCACCAGGGUUGUUGGUACAUUUGGGUAUAUGUCUCCAGAGUAUGUAACGAAAGGGACAUUUUCGGAGAAAUCAGAUGUCUUCAGUUUUGGGGUAUUAAUGCUGGAGAUUCUGAGCAGUAAGAGGAAUAACAGUUUCUAUGAUCCCGAAGGACCUCUAAACCUUUUACUCCAUGCUUGGAGUCUUUGGAAUGAAGGCAGAUGGCCAGAGAUUGUUGACGAGGCUUUAGGUGAUGCAUAUCGUCCAUCAGAAGUGAUGAAAUGCUUACAUGUAGCAUUGUUAUGUGUUCAGAAUAGAGCUGUAGAUAGACCUAGCAUGGCGGAAGUGGAUCUCAUGCUUAGCAGCGAAACUGAUCGUCCAUCUCCCAAAGAACCUCCAUUUACUCACCCAACGUCGUCAUCAGUACUGAUCUCAAACAACAAUGUCAGUUUUACCAAGAUUGAAGGUCGAUAGGUAAUAUAUCAAAUAUCUUGCAAAUAUGUACUAAGUUCAUCAUGUGUGGCCAUUUCAUUGUUGCCAAUACCUUGUAAAACAUAUGUUUAAUCAGCAAAAAUUUCCCUCUUUUUCCUCGCGAAAA